GUAAAAACCGUAUGAAUGAGUUGAAAUCAGAUCGGUUUGAAAGAGAAGAAAGAGAAGCCACGCUCUUUCUCUCCGAGUCGCGGUUCCAUCACCGCAUUCCUCUUGGAGAAGCUUCGAGAGUGUUCAGAGAAGGAGCAAGAUGAUUAUCCCAGUCCGUUGCUUCACCUGCGGAAAGGUCAUCGGAAACAAAUGGGAUGCCUAUUUGGACCUUCUCCAGUCAGAUUACUCUGAAGGAGAUGCGCUUGAUGCUUUGGGGCUGGUUCGUUAUUGUUGUAGGCGUAUGCUUAUGACGCAUGUUGACCUCAUCGAGAAGCUCCUGAAUUACAACACUCUUGACAAGUCUGAUCCCAGUUAGAAAAAGUUGUAUGGAAUCGGCUGCGCAUGCACAUGUCGGUCGUCUUAAUCACAUGUAUAUUAUUUUAGAUCUUCCUUCUCCGAACUGUUUUAAGGGGGAUAUGAGGUGCAGUUUGUGUUAAUUACCUUCUAACUCUGCCAAUGUGGUCUUUUGAUAGUUGUGCCCUACAAAGAUAUGAAAAACUAAAUUUUAGAGGACU